AUUUAUUUCUUCCUUUUUCUCCCCUGUAUGUCUUUUGGUUCCACCAGUUUGGUUAAUUCUCUCUCUCGAGUUGUUUACUAUAUAUUAAGGGGUCGUUUGACCCCUUUCAUAUCCGGAGCAUACUGAUUCUUUGAAGAUGGGUACUAAGGUCAAAGGCUUUUUUAGAGGCCUUAAAAACAUCUCAAAUCUAUUCGAUGAAGAAGACGAAGAACAAGAAAUACAGAUCGGUAUGCCCACGGAUGUGAAGCAUCUUGCUCAUAUCGGUGCUGAUGGACCUGCUGCUGAAUCUCCUAGCUGGAUGAGGGACUUUGGUGAUGGACAAGGUCAUUCAGCACCAAUGGACAUGACGCCUACUACCAAUAAAGGUACAAAGAACCACAGGAUUACUCGAAGUGAAGAACUAAAUAGGGACCUUCCAGAUGUACCCAAAACAUCUAGACACCGUCAUCAUCGCUCAAUGGACAAUUCUAUGGACCAUGAGUCACAAUCAUCAACCAAAACAAAGCAUAGGAGACACCACAGAAUUCGACGCUCCCACGACAAAGACAAAGGGACCUUGCCCGACAUUCCCAAGAAGUCUCGACGCAAGAAGCCAAAAGAUGAGGACGGGUCAACAAAAUCUAAAGAUAGUGAAUCUUCCGCUGGGGAUUUUUAAACCGAUGUUAGGAUCAUCCUACAACGAAACUCAACGAAUUAGUUAGGAAAUAUGGACACUGGGAACUUUGAAUCUCACCCAGUUUUUGAAAGGUUACUUUCGGGGUAGAUGAUUGAUUAGUCAUAUGCAUGUUCCAUUUCCCCUUUCCUAUGCACCUUAACUUCAUGUAUGUUCUUGAAAGAUUGAUUCUUGAAUGAUCAUUACUUUUGUUCUUCA